AUGGCCUCACUUCUUUUUUACCUCUCAGCGACCGUGCUGUUUGCUCAGUCAACAGUCGCUUCAAAUUGCACCAAGAAACCGAUCUAUGUCGACAUUCAUAAGCGAGCUGUUCAUGACUCUCCAGUCUUUCAAUAUGGGUCCUUCAUCGGACUAGGCACGCCAGCACAAAACCAAAGCCUAUGGCCAUCAUUACAACAAAACCACACAUCCUUUGCAUCAAGCGACUACUGUAAAGAUAAUAGUACGCUCCGAAACUGCUUCAAUAGUACAGGAGGCUUCUUCAACCCCCAAGAUUCGACUUCCUUCGUGCAAGACGUCAGCUUCCAGUCAUUGGACAAAGCUCAAGAUGGGUUCACCGCAUCCUUUGGCCAAGAAGUACUCCGACUCUACACACACUAUUUCGAAUCGGAUGGCGCAUCGCAAACACUUCUGGAGAACUCGACGAUUGAGGUAGCUGAUUCAGGGUCGAUUACACCGGAACGAGUUGGCAUGGGAUCAUCGUCGACUCUAUUACGAGACCUUGUUGCGCAAGACAUAAUAGCCGGAAGAACGUACUCACUGUACAUUGGACAUGGGUUUGAACGUGCUGGGGGCAUGGUCAACGGCAGCAAUGUGUUUGGCGGAUACGAUUCGGGUCGGUUUACAGGGGAACCGCACAGGUACCCCAUGAACAUGGAAAACAUCAGCCCAAUGAGCGUCCGCAUCAAGGAUGUCGUCCUUACCAAUGCGGAUGGAAACGGCAAUGUGUCGCUCUUUGACAACACAGCUUCUACUGGCGUGAAGUCACGAUCCGAAAGCUUUGAGGCCCAAAUCACGACGGAACAGCACCCCUUCUCGCUACCAUACCAGAUCACCCAAAACUUCAUCAAUCAGCUGGGCGCUGAGCAGGACAAUACAUGGGGCGACCACUCCUUGAAGCUGAAAAACGCAUUCAAUGGUACACUCUCCAUCGUUCUCGAGGACGGUUUUGCCGUCACCCUCCCACCUGAAGUCUUGAUGAACGCCUCAAACAUUACACCCAUGCAAGACCGUAAGGAGUCCGACAAGGCCCCAUUCUACCUAGGCACCGCCUUCCUCGGUCAGGUCUACCUAAUGGCCGACUAUGAAAGUAACAACUUCUUCCUCGCCAAGGCAGUCCAAAAGAACAACUUCGUCAUGCCCGUGACCUUUUGCCCCAAGUCUACGCCAGUAGCAUAUGUGCGCCCCAAAGUGUCCCAGUGGCAAAGCCAAGGCCUAGCCGGCGCCGUUGUUGGUGGUAUCAUCGGCGGCAUGGGUUUGAUUAUUGCGAUCUACUUUAUCUGGGCUGCCUGGAUGCGCAAGAAGGACGAGCGCAAUCUGAAGCGGGAGUUGAAGAGAAACUCGCAGAGGAAGUUGGAGCAGAUGGAUAUCGAAGAGGCACAGCCAAAGUUUGACCCGCCGCCGCAGACGGUAAAUGCGGCCAAAGCGAUGUUUUGGAGGAAGAACAAGCCGGGCUUGACGUUUUGA